ACACCAAACAAAAACUCUCUCCUCCCACAGUAUCACGUCGAUAUCUCUCAUUUCAUCCCUCACCUUCCAUUUUCACCUCCCCUCUACGGUUGCAAUUCACCUUUGAAUUCAGACCGCCGUUGCCCCCUCCCUCUUUCUCGAGGGAAUUACAUCCGCCUAGUUUCCUUGCCUUGCUUUCUCCACGUCACCCUCCACCAUACAGAGCCGUCGUAUUUAUUCAACACUGAACGGUCCACGCCCCAGCUUAGCCUCCGUUUCCUCAAACCGCAUGUAAUCACCGAUAACUAGCUCGACACCAACAACCAGACCUCCUCAGAAUCCACCAGCUGUUGCUGUACGGUUCCUCACUUCUAACCAUGGCUGAUAACGAUGUUUCGCAACUAUCGGAAUCGCAGCAACAAGCUCUAGAACAGUUUACAGCGGUUACUGCUCAAGAAACUAGAGAAGCUAUCCCCUUAUUACGAAGGUCGCAGUGGAACCUCGAGGUGGCUGAAACCCCUUAGUCUGGCUCUUGAUCCCUCCCCACUGACAUCUGCGCUUCUAGCUUGCCAUUGCAAAGUUCUAUGACGGCGAGACCGCUGAUCCCGCGGCCGAAGCCAUUGCAGAACGGGCAGCAGCACCAGCAGCAGCUCGACCCCAAAUUCCUCCUCCUUCGCCCCUACCCGCUCCCGGUCCCCCUCCGAGAGCGGGCUCACGAAACCGCGUCACGAUCUCACCCGCUCCCCGGAUCGUCCCACAACCCACCGCAGUGUCUCGACGCCCAUCGCUUCUAAUUUCACUCCUACUAUUCCCAUUCUCACUGGUAUGGCGACUUAGUAACUCCUUUGUCUCUCUUUUCUAUACCCUCUUUCCCUUCUUGGCUCGGUUCCGUACAGCGAUUUCCCCACCAUCGCGAACACAGACUGCCCGCCGCUCACAGAACCCCCGGGACACUGCUGCUAGGUUCAUCCGAUUAUUCGAAGAAGAAUAUGGAACAGAUACCGGGCUGGAAUUUUUUGAGGGGGGCUAUGCCCAGGCCCUGGAUUUGGCGAAGAAUGAAUUGAGGUUCUUAUUGGUGGUUCUUCAGAGCGAUGAGCAUGACGACACGGCAUCUUUCAAUAGAGAAACAUUGAUAAAUCCUGAAGUUGUUGGAUUUAUUAAGACGCAGAACAUUAUACUUUGGGCUGGGAGUGUUCAGGACAGCGAGGCAUAUCAAGGUAUUUUCCAAUGGCCGCUACUUAACCUAGUUUUUCUGAUGGGUUUGGUACUUCAUAGUUUCAGCGGCCCUCAACUGCACCAAAUUCCCUUUCGCCGCAUUGAUAAGCAGAGCCCCUUCCUCAACCAGUAGCUCUCAGGGAAUGUCUGUUGUCUCACGCAUUGUUGGGCCAACACCGCCUCAAUCCCUCGUCUUAAAGUUGACGACUGCCAUAACGACCCAUUCUGAGACUCUCGAGCGGAUCCGUGCUACCCGUGCUGCACACGAAGCAGGUAGAGCUAUCCUUGAACAGCAAAACUCGGCAUAUGAGCUAUCCCUUGCCCGAGAUAGGGAGAUAGCCAGAGCCCGCAGAGAGGAGGCAGAGAGAAAACUUAGGGAAGAGGAACUCGUCCGGGCCAAAGCGGAGGAGAAGGUAUUGUUGGCGAAUAAUAGGGUUGCAUGGAGGCAGUGGCGAGCUAGGACCAUCCCGAAAGAGGAACCAGCUGGUGAGGAUACAGCUAGGGUUAGUAUCAGACUGAGGAACGGCAAGAGGGUAACUAGGGGGUUCAAUGGGAGCGCCAGUAUGGAGGAGGUGUAUGCCUUCGUGGAGUGCCUAGAGUAUUUAGACGAGAGCGCAACCAAUGAGAAAGCGCUGGAGAGACCAAGUGGGUACACCCAUGAGUAUGGAUUCAAGCUGGUCAGCCCGCUUCCAAGGCGGGUAUAUGAGUUGCAAAGUGGGAAGGGUGGAUCUGAAAGAACUAUCAAAGAUUGUCUUUGGCCUACGGCAAGUCUUGUCGUCGAAGUUGACGAUAGUGAAGACGAUGAAGGAGAGGGUAAUUAGCUAAAGCGGACUACAAAAGGGCUAGAAUAUGCAAUUUACGAAACGCUACUGAUAUGUGCAGAGUGUACCUGGCCGCACCGCAAUAGCCCAUAUUUUGUGGGGCGGCGCCUAUCUAAACCAAAGGCGCUACCGUGUGUGGCUUAAAAUAUUUCUUUAGUCUCAGUGCAAUUCACUUUCCUGGCAUUUCCUUUCGGGAUUUCAAGGUUCUUUAAAUGUUUUUGUAGCUCACUGUCUUUAGUUUUAGGGGCUUUUCCCCCUUUUUUUUUGGUGUACGUUUGGUCAAAGGUGGGACGCAUGGAAAAGGGAUUUGCUGGAAGGGCCGGGCUCUUCUGCUAUUACGCUGCAGUAGAUGACGGUACCCUAAGGUAAUGUGAUGGAGUAUAUAGCUUACGUUAUUAGGGAGGCUUUGUGGAGACUGUAACAUGAACCAUCCUUAUCACGGGAGCAACAAUUCUAACCUCUCUAACUGUGUGCAAGUGCUCUGUAAACUAGCUCCACUUUGCACGGUCUUGUCAUGGGGGCGGUACCCGUACAGGAGGAAUACCGGUAUUGUACCGGUAUGAUUGUACGGUACGAGUACAGUACCGUACUGCACUAGUGACACCCGGGCCCUCUCUGCAGAGUUUGAGUGCCGUACUAAUGCAGAAAAGCACUCGUACCAUCGUUAGGAAAGAAUACUCACAACUAUCAGGCGAGGAAAGGCGACGACAAUAAGUUGAUAAAAAUAACAGAAUUAUUCCCGAAAGUACGAGAGAUAUAAUAGUUUGCCUUUAUACAGUGCGAGUAAUUCUUUAGGGAACUCUUGAGGAAAUGCGGUAUGAUACGGUUCUAUAUCACACCAGGCAUACAGUAACGCGGUGGGAUUCCAACAAGUCCUUUUUCGCGGCCCCAAACAAGGUACUGGUAGGCCAUUACAAGUAAAAUAAAUAGUCGUCUUCUUUUCUCUUCCACGAGUAUCUAAAUUUGGCUUGAACUAAUUUGAGCUGUGAUCGAAUGCAAUAUUUUAUUGAGCACGAGCGAAAUGUUGCAUUUGGCUGGCAUAAUAUUGUAUAUAUAUCUGUACGAGUAUUAUA